ACGUGACCGCUAGAUGUUUGUUAGAUCUAGAUCGGGUAUACUACCGUCUAGUAUAAACCGCGAUGGUCAACUACGGCGGAGAUGAAGUAUCUGCUUUGGUUCUUGAUAUAGGCUCCUCAUCCGUACGCGCAGGGUACGCCGGGGAUGAUAUCCCUAAGGCCAUUAUCCCGUCGUUUUAUGGCUAUAAGGCGACCUCCGGGGAUGCUGACGUGCAGAUGAGCGAAAACGCACCAGAAAAUUUUGAUUCAACUCCCAAACAAACCCCAAGUGACGCGAAACUUUACCUCGGGCAGAAUGGUCCUUCGAUCUGGAGAGAGGGUAUGGAAAUUGGGAACCCUAUACGGGAUGCGUUGAUUUUUGACUUUAAUCCAGUCCCUGCUUUGAUCUCGCAUGCCCUAGUAGAUGUUAUGCGAGUCAAUCCUUCGGAACAUCCCAUCCUCGUGACCGAGCCAGCUUGGAACACACCUGCAAAUAGGGAAAGAAUGGCAGAGAUUAUGUUCGAGGAGUUCCAUGUUCCUGCCUUCUACAUUGCCAAUACUGGCGUUUUGAAUGCUUUUGCAGCAGGGAAGGGCUCAGCACUAGUGAUCGACGUUGGGCAUGCAAUGGCCAGUAUCACCCCAGUAGUCGAUGGCUUCGUACUCCGAAAAGGCUUGGUAUCAUCUGCGCUACCUAAACUCGUCCAAGCCCAUGCCCGACACAUCCUGAGUAACCCAACCCAGACGCGUCGUGGAAUCGAACUUCUCCCUCAUCAACUUAUCGCCAACAAACUGGUGCGUUGUUUGUCAUACCCGAAUUACUCAUUUUAUCAUUAUGACAUAACACAGCCUGUCGAGCCUGGUGCACCACCAAGGUUCACCCUCCGUGAAGACCGUAUAUCUGGAACGACGGAAAGCUGGAGGGUUUGGUGCGAGAGUCGUGAAGUUGAAGAGUGGAUACAGAGCGUUGCUGGUGUUCUUGAUCAAGGAUGGAACGACCAGGCUGCGGCGUCUCGUUCACCACGCCAAUACGAGUUCCCGACAGGUUACAACACGUACUUCGGGCCGGAACGAUACCAAGUUGGCGAACAGUUUUUCUUCCACUCACCACAGCUAGUGGCGCAAAAUCCAAAUCUCCCAAAGAACAUUCCUACCUUACUUUCAGAGUCCUUGCGAGCCUGUGAUCCGGAUCUGCGGCAAGUUCUCAUGGGAAAUGUGGUUCUCACUGGCGGAGGCAGCCUGUUCCCUGGUUUCGCUGAUCGAUUGGAGGCAGAACUAUCAAGGAAUUUCCCCCACGUCAAGAUUCAUGCUCCUGGAAAUCCCAUCGAGCGGAGGUAUGGUGGUUGGCUAGGAGGAAGCAUUCUAGCGAGUCUUGGCACUUUCCAUCAGCUGUGGAUUAGUAGAGAAGAAUGGCAGGAACAUGGUAAGCCUAUUGUGGGGCAGAGGUGUAAAUAGGCUCGUCCUAUUGGGAGAGUUUGCGGGUGCAUUGUGGCUGUGAAAAUGUAGCUACUUCCAGUUAGCCUAUACUGCGGACCUCGUCUUUGUCCUAAAAUGUAUGGUA